AUGGAGAUGCGAAGCUCGAACGAGCUCCGUGAAGCGUUGCGCCUUGCCGAGCAGGCCACAGUGCACACGUUGCAGAGCCGAAUCGAUGAGCUCCUUGCACGGAAGCCUCCUCCGACCCCGGACGCCCAGGAUGCCGUGAAGGUUGAGGAAGAGAAGGUCCAGCCCGUGCUCCGUGUCGACCUGAGGGCUGCGCGGCCGCAGUGGACCAAGCUCUCGAACGUGGUGCGUGCUGGGGCUGCGUUGGCAAAGGCCUCAGACUCUCCGCUCCGUCAGACUAGCCGCGACUAG